AACCCUAGGGUAGUCGAUUGUUGCUUGUGUAGAGGUAUUGUUGGCUGAAAUGUCUUGAAUGUGGUUUGGGUUUAGGGCCGAUAGCUCAUUGUCGUUAAUGGCGUUUCUGGGUAAAUACGGAUCACAGGUUUCCGUAUUGAAUAUGGAAAAUGGUUUUCCGUAUUCAGUAUGGAACAUGGUUUUCCGUAUUGAAUACGGAAAAACGUUUUCCGUAUUCAUCUCAGAACCAAACCCAACACUUAUAAUUGAUUCUGGGUUCAGAAUCAAUUAUAGAAGGUUUCCAAAGCAUUUGUGAGUAGUUUCUAGAUGCCAUAAUUGAUUAUUAGGAAAAUAAAAGUUGAUCCAAGCAUGCAUAAUCCACAGAAGAUCCGAUUAUCAUCUAUGUACUUAUAAAAUUCUAGGAAUUUUCCAUUUGCUUGCAUCAUGUUUCUGUCUAUGGCUGAAAUGGUAUAUAUAGUGAAUGUUUGCUCUGAAUAUAUAGUGAGAAUGAAGAACAGAAAGAGGUCUCAUGCUUCUAGUGAGGAUGUCGGGGCUACUGAGGAUAGACACCGGCGGUUACAUGCUUCUAGCCGGCGCGGCGAUCAUGCUGCAACCUCUCAGGCGGUGGAGGCUUCAGCUCCAGUUGUUUCUCCGCCGUCUCCCAUGAUUGAGGUUCCUCUGGUUGAUUAUCCGCCGUCUCCCACGGUUGAGAUACCUACAGUUGUUUCUCCGCCCUCUCCCAUGGUUGAGUCAUCAGGCGAGGAGUCCUCAGGCGAGGAGUCCUCAGGCGAGGAGUCCUCAGGCGAGGAGUCUUCCGGCGAGGAGUCAUCAGGCGAGGCCUCAUCCGGCAUGGGAGGAUCUGACGAGGAUAGUAUUCCUCCGCCUACUGUUGAUGCUGAUGUCCUGCCGCCAGAGCAGGGGGAGCAGGGGGCACAGGGUGGCGAGGAGGACCUGAUCCAGAGGUUGCCGCCGUUUCCGGGGGGGCCUGUUGAGCUAUCGCUCCUCACCCAUUAUGCUGAUCACAAGGCUCCCUGGGCGUGGCAUGCACUCCUACGCACAGACGAGCGGUAUGUGGACCGUCGACAGUUGAAGGUGGCCACAGCUGGGGGGAAGGUUUGGAACCUUGCUUGUGAUGGUGAUUCAGACAGUCACAGGCGGGUUCGAGAGUUGAUUGAGCAGACGGGUCUUCAUCAGCUACCAUAUUGCAGCUACCCGGUGACAGAUGCAGGCCUUAUUUUGGCCCUUGUGGAGCGAUGGCAUGAGGAGACUAGUAGCUUCCACAUGCCGUUCGGGGAGAUGACUAUCACCUUGGACGACGUGUCGGCUCUUCUCCAUCUCCCCAUGGGGUCGAGGUUCUAUACGCCUGGGAGGGGGGAGAGGGACGAGUGUGCAGCGCUCUGUGCUCAGUUGAUGGGAGGAUCUGUUGGUAUUUAUGAGGCUGAGUUUGAUACGAAUAGGUCCCAACUAUUCGCUUUGGGGUCUUGCAGACCCGGUAUGAGGCUGCGUUGGCGGAGCACCGAUAUGAGGACGCUGCACGGAUUUGGCUGGUGAACCAGCUAGGCGCCACGCUCUUUGCUAGCAAGAGCGGAGGCUACCAUACGACCGUCUACUGGAUAGGGAUGUUGGAGGAUCUUGGUCGAGUGUGCGAGUACGCGUGGGGCGCGAUUGCGCUCGCUACGCUAUACGACCAGCUUAGUCGAGCGUCCAGGAGGGGGACGGCCCAGAUGGGAGGUUUUACCUCGCUCCUGCUAGGAUGGGUCUACGAGUACCUUUCUGACCGCGUCAUUAUCCGUAGGGCGGAUCCGGAGUACUCGCAGGACCAGCCUAGGGCGCGGCGGUGGGCUAUGUCCCGGGUCGGGCAUGCAGGCCUUGAUGAGAGGCGAGUCAUGCUCGAUGAGCUGACGGUGGAUGACGUUAUAUGGACCCCAUUUGAGGACCAUCGGGCUCAUCGACCACGGGAUCCGAGGGCCAUGUAUUCUGGCUACAUCCGGUCGCCAUUUGGCCGUGUUGUUCGACGGCAUCUACCAGAGAGGGUUCUGCGCCAGUUUGGCUUCAUACAGGAUGUCCCUCGACACCCCUCUGAGAUCCAGACGUCUGGGUCCCUUGCUGAGACCGCAGAUGCUGCCUUUGCUGAGUUUGCGCCGCACCUCCGCCCUCAGGGGAUCCCCGCUACAUAUCCGGGAGAGGCUGUGGAGGAUUACAUGAGGUGGUACAGCGCUGUGUCCCAUCGGUUCAUCAUCCCUGAUGAUAGGAGGGAGGAGUUCAGUGCAGUGACUGUUAUGCGUCGGGCCGUGGACUUGUUGGAGCAGUCACUCGAGGUGCCAGAUGCUCCUGCAGAGGGCACGCAUUCCCGAUCCCUCACUGAGAGGGCGCUGGAUCUUAUUAGAUCCAAUGCCUUCAUUGGUACCCAGGGGGUAGCCUUUGCUGCUAUCCGAGGAGCUAGAGCUGCAUGAGGCAGAGGUCGUGGAGACAGAGCGCGUGGAGGCAGAGGCCGUGGAGGCAGAGCCCGUGGAGAGGGUGCUCCUGCAGAGGGUGCGCGUGGAGGCAGAGGCCGUGGAGGCAGAGCCCGUGGACCUAGAGGUCGUAGAGGGGCCGGUAGGGGUCGGGGCGAGUGAUUGACUAUAUAUUUGUAUAUUUUUUUUGUAUUUUUAUAUUAUGACAUGUGACUCUUUGUAUUAGGACUCUCUUUAUAUUAAUCAUGCUUUCUAUUUUCACUCAUUAU